AUGGAUGGUAGCAAUCAUCAUCACCAUCAUAAAUCAUCACAUAAUGUGUUAGAAAAAAUUUCAAACAAAAUUUCAGCACUUAAAGAAGAUAUAACUGAAAUUGUUAGAGAACGAACUCAUUCAACAUCAUCAAAUCGUCAUAAUUCAAUGUCUAUUGAUAAUACUUCAGCAAAUUUUAAUAAUGUUAAUUUUAAUUUACCAGAUGAUAUAUCUUCGACAACAAUCGAAACACGACAAACAUUAAACGAUUAUGUAAUGGAUACCGAAUCGUUAGAUUCUGUUCCAUCAACAACAUCUAUUGCGUCAUCAAGUGGUGUAUUAAUUCCAGAUCCACCUCGUCAUUCAAUUGAUCAAUUAGCAUUAAACAUGGGUUUUGGUGGUAUCAGACCAAGUGCUAUUAAUCCAUCAAAUGCAUCUACUAGUUCAAUAUCAAGUUCAACAUCUUUAGUUAAUUCUUCUCCUCAACAAUUGAGAACAUCUUCAAAUUUGGAACAAGAAUUUGAAACUAUCGAUGAUAUAUCAUUAAAUCAGGAAACUUCUAGUGAGCAAGAUGAUACUGUAAAACAACGUGUUAUUAUUAAAGUUGAUCCUGUUGAAAUGACUGCAAAACCUACUGUAGUUACCGUACCUACAGAUCGUGCACGAAGAUCUGCUAUAUUAUUAUCUGGACCUAAAUUUCGAUUAAAUUUUCAUGAAAUUCCCAAAGAAAACUUACCUAUAAGUACUGAUACAAUUUUUUCAAGUGCAAUGAUUGUUGGUGUCAUUUCUUUGAUUUUUACAUUAUGGAAACCAAUAUCAUCAUAUUUUUCUGGUUUAAUAGUUGGCAUUCUAUUUGCUGCUACAUUAUUUUAUAUAUGGAUUCGAAUUUUUAUCAAUACAAAAAUAGAACAAAGUGCUAUUGAAGAAUGGAUUGAUUUUCCUGCUCUUGAAUCUGUACUUGAAAAAUGUGACAAAGAAGAUAAAAAUACUAAUAUAAAAGAAACGGGUGCUUCAAUUGCAUUUCAAUGUUAUGAUGCUGAUAAUGAUGAUGAUUUUAUGCGUUAUCCAUGUGAUAUUCGUCUUGAUGGUUAUCGUCUUAUAAUUCAACUUGCAAGUAAACCUUGGAAUGAAGACAAAAAACUUGAUAAAGACAUUAAAUUUAUUGGUUAUCGAGAAUAUUUAAUCAAAGAAGCUCGAUUGAUUCUUGUACCUGAAGCAACAUUAACACGUGCUAAAUAUUGGAUGAAUGAAUAUCCAAUAGUUAUACAAAAUUUACAAAUUCUUGAUAAACAAAUUUAUAAUAAACAACAAUUUGAAAAAUCUAAACUUGAUACAAAUGAUUUUUUUACAAAUACAGCAACAACUCUUUCGAUUUGGUUUGAAACUAGUCCACAAAAAGAAGAAUGGUUUCAUAAAUUAUCUUUAGUUUUACGUUAUGGAAAAGAAGAUAUUGAACGAACUAAUAAUCUAAUUCCAGCAGACAAUAUUUCUAUUUCAUCAACUGUCUCUAAUUCUUCAUCAUUAAGUCAUCGUCUAGCUCAAACUGAUUCAGAUAUUGAACUUGUAUCAAGUCCAGUUAAAGAAUCCACUAUUGAAGCAGCAUUAGUUGAAACACAAAUGAGUGUUGAAGAAUUACAAGAAAAAGCAAAAAUAGUAGAACCAGAAAAUGAUGAACUUGAUGCAAGUGGAACUCAUCGAACAGCAGCAAAAAAAUCCAAUAAAAUAACACCAAAUGAAGCUAGUUUACAAAAAGUUCUUCAAUCACCUGAAUGUUUAGAUGAAGCAGCUAUAACAAUUAAUUUUAUGGCUCGAAGAAUAUUAUGUGAUAUGUUCGAUGUUCCAGUUUUUAAAGAUUUACUUAAAAAUAAAGUUGAAAUGAAAUUAAAAGAAAUUGCUGUAUCUAUUCUUGAAAAUCUUCGUGUUGUAUCAAUUGAUUUAGGAAAUACAUUUCCUCUUAUAUUAAAAGUUGAACCAAUGCAAUGGAAUACUCAAGGAAUUUGGUUUAAUUUAUUUGUUUAUUAUCGUGGAAGCUUUAAAUUAUCAGUAAAAACACGUGUUUUACUUCAAAAAUUAAUUAAUUAUAAUCCUAAAAAAGAUAAACCAAUAUUUGCUCAACAUCAUACAGCUCAGCUUGUACAUAAAGAUGAUGAACGUAUUGAUGAAGAUGAUUUAAUUCAAAGACAAAAACUUUUAGCUAAAGAACCUGAAAUACCUGAAAUGGCAGUAACACGAAAACUUGGCCUUGCAUUAACUAAUUUAGCAAUGAACAAAUAUUUUCAAAUGUUUGCUAAUAUUCCAUUCGUCAAGAAAUUAUUCGAAAAAUUUUCUGAAGAUGAAGUUGGUGCCGAUAUUGAAGUCACUAGUUUCAGUGGUGUUCUUACACUCAAUAUUCCUCCACCACCAAGUGAUCGAAUUUGGGUGGGUUUUCCUGAAAUGCCUGGUCUUAAUAUAAAAGUGACACCUACUUAUGGAAAAAAAACCUAUUCUUAUACAUUACUUGAAGAUUUUUUAGAAGCUAGAAUACGAGCUGAAAUGAAAAGACUUGUCGUUUUGCCAGCUAUGGAUGAUCAACUUCUUCCAUUCUUCCGAGAUUGGGCUAUUGAUAUUAUUGGUGAAAUUGUUUCGAAACCUGUAAAUCCACUUACGGACAAUUAUAAAGAUAAAUUAAAUGCUCAAGCUGAUGUUCGUGCAGGAUUAGAAGAAUAUAGUAAAAGCAAAGAACUUAAUAGGCAAACAUCCACAACAUCAACAUCUUCAUCGGAAUUAACUUAUUUAUAA